AUGAGUACUACUGUAAAUAAAACAACAGCCGUUGUUGGUAGUACAGAUUUUGAUGAGGAAACAUGGCUUGUGGAACCACCUAAUCUACCAACACAAUCAAAUAGCACGCAAGAAUCCGGACGAAUUGCCGAAUGGCUACAGGGUGCAGCGAUGAAUGUUGAUUUCCAAACUCGAAGUGCAUUAAGCAGAAAAUUAGCCAGUCAGGCGGCUAGGAAAAAAAAAAGAGCUGAAAAAUUACGCGAAAAAACAGGAAGUAUGAACGAACAUAGACGAGAAAAUAUGGCUCAAGUAAAGGAAGAACUAAUAGAAGUGAAUCAAUCCUAUGGUGAUAAUGAUAAUGAAAAAGAUACAGAAAACGAGGGAAUCGUACCAAAUUCGAAUGAUAACUCUAUACUUGUAGUGGAUAAAAAAUUGAGCAAACAACAUUCGAAGAUAUCUUACGAACAACAGCAGCAUGGGGUCUCGGGGGCUACUGUACCACCGGUAUUAUCUUUACUACCAACUGGAAAUAUGACAAUAAUAUCAGAUAAUAUUGAUGAUGGUGGUGAUGAUGAUGAUGAUGAUGAUGAAAAUGAUGAAUUUUAUGAUGCAAGCUCCGAUUUCAAUGAUUUACCGUUUUCAUCUACUGCUGCUAAUACACUAAUCGAUAAUGCCAAUAUAUCAUCUGCAGUUGCAUCACAAAACGGUAAAAUCAUUUGA